UUUGCUUAGUCGCUUUACCCUAAAUUAAAAAAUAAAAUCUAAUUUGUAUAUUUAACUAUUAAUUGUAAAGGUAAUUAAUUUUGUAUUCGAUAAUACCGAUUGGGAUAUCGAAAUAUUUAGGGAUUGGGAUUGGGAUACCGAAAUUAUGUAGGGAUUGAGAUUGGGAUUGAUUUUACUUUUUAGGAUGCAAUUCAGUAUUCGAAAUUUCGGUAUUUGGUAUUGGGAUACCGAUACCGUACCGAUUUCCACCCCUAGGUGUGGCGGUGGCAAAAUUGUGCAUAGGUGUUGGGUGGGGGGGGGGGGGGAACACGAGCGGGGAAAGCAUCAACGAUAAGUCGUCUAUGUGGCUCCGGAUUUUUUUCUAUUUUUCUUUUAUUCAAAAAUAAUAAAAUAGUUAUUAAAAAUUAAUUUGACCCAAAAAUUUAAUAUAUUUCCACGCCAACUCAGCAUUCAAUAUGCCACCUCAACAUUAGUUCACAUAAAUUCGGACAGAAAACUAACGAUUCACUAUUUUUAUAUUUAAAAGAUUUUGCUAAUAUUUUUUGAAUUUACGAAAAAUUUGAAUAAUAUAAUGUAUUUUUUUAUUGUAUUAUUCCGACUAAUACAAUGUUUUUACUCUUAAAAAAAUUACGAGACAUGUGCAGAGCGGAGCUAACUACCUCCCCGCUCAGUAGCCACCGUUGAUUACUUAAAAUGACGGACCAUCUACAACGAUCUGACGGCCUGCUCUGUUCCGAAUAUCCUACCGAAAAACUUAAAACUCAGCUAAAAAAUAGAAAUCCAAAGCUUCAAAAUUAAGUAAAAUUAAAAAUAAGAGACGAAAAUGACGUUUUCUCUCUCAGCCUCUCUCUUCCUACCUCCGGAGAAAAAGAAGGGGGCGUUAGAUAGAGCUAUUACCAAUACUGGUGGCGAGAAAAGCUGACGCUAGAUUUUCUCGAGAAAUGGCAGAAGAAGAUGAAAAAGAAGGUGAGAUUCUUUGAUAAACCCCUUUCUCGUUUAACCCUCUUUUUCCUUUGUUCCCUUUCAUUCAUUUUCUUCAUUUGCCAGCACAAAUCCGGUAAUCUGUCUCAUACGUAGCUUUCAUUUCUUCUUCCAGCCUGUUUGACCCUCGUGCCUUCAUUUUUGCAGAAUUUUGUAAAAUAUGUGAACGUUAUGUCUUUACGUGUAAUUGAUGUUCUGGGUUUGUAGGGGCAUCGUUAGUUUAGGGUUUGGGGUUUGGUUAUAUGCUGACAUUGUUUAGAAUUGUGGUUUCCCUCAUGGAGGAUUCCCCUGUUUCCCUUCAUUUGGCAUCCUGAACUUGGUCUACAUUGUUCUCCAGAGUUUGAUAGGUCUCUUAAUUUUGACCAUGGUGAAAAUAAGAAAUCAGUUGAUUCAUUUUGUUCAUAUGACAAGUACCAGCCUGUUUAUGGUUUGGUAUGCUCGAAAUUUGUUGAUGAGAAAUUUAAUUGGGUUCUGAUGAGAAAUUUGAUCUUAUUCUGCCAGGCUACACACAGAGCUGAGGGUUAUUUUUUUUAUUUCGAGUUGCCAAGCGAUUGAAGCUUGGUUAUCUUCUCAAUUCCGGAUUGCUCAACCAGGAGCCAUUCUUUUUAUUGGAUUUGCUCAAAAUCAUAUCAAGAAGGCUCCUACUAUUAUGGGAUUUCUUGUCUCUACUGCAAUUCAGAGUUAGUUGGGGUAGAGACUUUAGAUGGAUGUCACCUCUUCUGGUCCAAUCAGCAUCUCCCGAACCAAUCCCCUUUGCUUAUAGAUCAUAUCAAAAUGCAUCAUCACGACCAUGAGCACGUAAUAAUUGACAUAUCAAGAAAUGAUGUGGCUUCUUCAUCAGCCUCAUCACCUCGUGAUGAUUUCCAUCUCGAAUCGCAUCAUGAAGACAGACCUUCCAACAGCACUACAGAAGACGUUCUCAAUUACCAGACUUCUUCAACUAUGUCGACCAGGUUAAACUCUAGGAACUCAACAUUCUCGAGGAGAGGCGAUUCGUAUGGCCGGCGAAGGAGGAGUCCUUUGAAUUCUGGGUUAUGGAUCUCCGUGGAGUUACUUAUCACAGUGGGCCAGAUUGUGGCUUCUGUCGUGGUUUUGUUGCUCUCGAGAAAUGAACACCCACAAGCCCCAUUAUUUGCUUGGGUUGUCGGUUAUGCGUCAGGCUGUGUGACCACCCUUCCAAUCCUGUACUGGCGUUUUCGUACUCGCAACCAAGGUAUUCUGCAAGAUCCCCUGCAAUCACAUGAAGGCAAUUCGCCAGUAGGGAUUCCUGAUUCUACACCAUAUACUGCUAUCUCUAUUAGUCAGGAUGAGAUGAAUGAACCAUCAACAAGGGAUAAUCAAGCGCCGGGGAAUCUAACUAGAAGAAUUAAUAGCAUAAUGGAUCAUCUGAAGAUGGCAUUAGAUUGCUUCUUUGCAGUGUGGUUUGUUGUUGGCAACGUAUGGAUAUUUGGAGGUCAUGCAAGUCCAGCCGAUGCACCGAAAUUGUACAAAUUGUGUAUAGUUUUCCUUACUUUUAGCUGUAUAGGAUAUGCAAUGCCGUUUAUAUUAUGCGCAACAAUCUGUUGCUGCUUGCCUUGCAUAAUCUCUCUCCUUGGCUAUCGGGAAGAGUUAUCUCAAACAAGAGGAGCCACCACCGAGUGCAUAAAUAGUCUGCCAAAGUACAAGUUCAAGUUGAAGAACGGUGGGGGUGGAUUUCGAGAUCGUGAUGGCUGUGAAACGGGCGAAGGAGGGGUCUUGGCUGCCGGGACAGAAAAGGAGCGUAUGAUAUCUGGUGAAGAUGCUGUGUGCUGCAUAUGCUUAAACGUGUAUGACGACAAUGAAGAGCUGCGGGAACUACCUUGUGGCCAUGUAUUCCAUGUAGAGUGUGUGGAUAAGUGGCUGAAGAUCAAUGCCUGUUGCCCACUGUGUAAAAAUGAGAUUUGUGAUGGCGGGGACGAUGGUUCUUCUCCAACGCCACGAGAUGCUAGCAGCAACCAACAUUAAUUUGAAGGCCUGAAGGAGGGAUCCAAUGUAUGUGGCAGAAAGUUGCAGAGGAUUUGAUUGCAACUCAGCACCAUCUACCUGCAUUGAGUUUUUUUUUUUCUUUUUCUUUUUGAGCGAAGCAAAUGGCUAGAAGAAGCUAAAGUUUUGCACUGGGGGUGCGCCAAGCAUAGAUUUGUACCAUAAUUUAGGUAAUCAUGGCUGCCUCAAUCCAUUUAACACCCAUUCAACAUUGUUGUGAACUGAAGAUAUAUUGUCAAUCAAUGUACAGUAUAGAUUCAAUAAUCGUUUUAUUUGUUUGUAUGAGAGGAAUUAUGUUUGAAAUAUAUUUGUUAUACAUUAAUUAACUACUAUUAAUUAUUAAUUAAUUAAUAUAAACCUGAAGUAUGGUUACCGUUCACUGACCGUUUCAUUAGCAGGCUGCCAAAUAUAUGGGGGGUGGUGGGGUGGUUUCAACUUUCAAGAUGUCCCAAAAAUAAGCUGCAUUUAAGGCCAACAUUAAAUUUAGAAUUACGGA